UCACCCUCUCACUACCACAAUUACACAGUCCAGUCCAUGGACGACAGAGCCACCGAACCACCGCGGCGAGUCUAAAAAUUCUCCAAGCUCCAAAGAAUGGAGAAUGCCACAAUUCUCACGAUUAAAGAGCUUGUCAACAAAGGUCGAGCCGUCACCGGUGCAUCGUCGCUAUUCUCUUCCGCUGCUUCUCACUCGUCUUCUGAAUCAAGCUCUAAGAACCCUAAUUCACGUCCCGGUUCCUUCGAUUCCGACUUGACCUGUAAGUUUCUCGCACCGUUGAGUCACCCAGCGGUUAUCGUCGGGACGAUAUCUCUUCCUUCCAAAACCCUAAUAUGUCCGAAUCGUUACUGCUUUCGAUUCUCCGAUGGUGAUUUGACAAUCUGCUGUGAUAUCCUUAGAUUCGAAAUCCGCGCGAUUGGGAGUAAGAUUUGUGUUUUAUCUUGGAAUUUUCUACCUAUGAAGCAUUGUGGUGGGUUUUUGGAGAUUAUCAAGUGGAAAUUUAUGGAUACUGGUAAUUUGCUUUCUCGGUGUUCUGGAAUUGGUUCGUUUCCAUUGUUUCCUUCUUUGUUCCCGUCGCGAAACGGUGACCGUAAGUCACGGUAUUGCGUACAUGGUGUGUUAGAGUCUAUCAGCCCUGUGUCUGUUGUUUCUUGUAUGGAUGGGGAAUCAAGUGAUUCUGUAAAUCUUCCUGGGUUCUUAGUACAUGUCAUGGCGUGUGAGUGUAAAGCGUAUAGUCAGAAUGCUGCUGUUGGUUGUAGUCACGCUUUUGAGAAGUCUGCUUUCGUUUACUUUUGUGGGUUAGUGGUUACGAGUUGGCACCCUGCGAUAAGGAAGCUAGUUGGAAGAAAUGUUGCUCUUUCCGGGUUGAAAAAGAAGAUGAUUUAUGUAAGAGGUGAUUCUCUGUUGGUGUUUGUGACGACCGAGAGUUCUGUUCUUCAUCCACCUUGUAUUUCUAAGAAACAGAUAGUUUUGAAAACUGUUGUUGAUAGGAGAGGUAACUGUGGUUCCUACCUUGGAUUUGUCAAAGGUGUGUACUUGAAAGGAAAGCUUGUUGAGAUGGAUGAAGAUGUAUGGCUUUUAUUGACGGAUCAGAUACUCAAUAGAUCCCACAGUAUCCGAACUGGUUCCCUUAUUUGUAUCAGAAAUGUUCAUUUUGUAAAUACCAAAUUUUCUUGGGGAGAAGUGCUUAUACUUGGAGCGUGCUUCAAGACCAGCAUCACAGUAGAGUUUUUUUCACCUUUUGAAACGAGUUGUCUUGUAGAUUCAUGUCGGCAGAAUUCUUUGAGUCGAUUUAUUGAGUCUUUGUCCUUUCCUGCAAGAUUUUGGGCAUUACUUGUCAGAUCGUGCUUGCAGAAGUUUAACGGAAUUCCAUCAGAGAAGGAAAUCUUACGAUCCUGUCAGAAGGAUGAACUGACAAAGAUGUAUGCAGAGUCACAAAUACCGUCAUUCAUGUUUCAACCUAGGGGGGGGAUCUUUACUGAGUUCUGCAUGCAUGAGUCAUGUGGAUGCAAUAGUGAAGCUCAUGAUUGCAACCUAAAACUGGUAAUGUCUAUCUCAAGUUUUGUCCAGCACUACAAGGUCAUGCUGAAUGAAUUGCUUUCUCAGAUUAACAAAAACUCUAGUGCUAAUAAUUGCUUAAGUCAUUCAUCAUCAACGUGGAAAAGAGACAAUCAUACAAACACGAAGACUCUUGGAAGUGAUGAUAUUGGUGUCAUCUUGCUUGGAAAAUUGAAGAUCUCAUCUUCUGGAAGACUUCAAUUGCAUGACAGAACUAGCAGCAUAGAUGUUCUGACGCCAGACCUUCUAAGUGAUAGAAAUGCGCACAGGAUAUUUGAGGUUUCUGAUUACAAUCUUAUCAUGGAAGGACUACCUGAAUCAAUGCUCCACAUGCCGUUUCUUCAUAAUUCCCUUCGCUGUAGAAAUGUGGUUAAUCCCACUCCAUUGGCCAUUGAAAACACCUUAACAGUGCGUUUUUCUUUAUCUCUUGGUACUGGAAGUUGCAAACAGGUUUACGGGCACCAUUCUCUUGACUGGAGGCAUGAUCUUAAUGAGUUCAAAGGGGGAAGGUUUCAUCUAUUUAGGCUGACCCACAAAUUCCCAAUGUUAAAAAAUGGUCACCCAGGAAUGCCUGACUGUACUAGUGUAUUCGUCGAGGCAAUAGUCCUUCCCCUGGAACUCAUUUGCUCUGUGACUGAGGAAGACGCAGCUGCUCCCUAUUUUGGAGAACAUGAUACUUCCCAAGAAAUACGUCCACAUAAGAGAUGUAAAACUAAUAAUGGAUUACAGAGGGAAAGAGCAUUAUCUGUGCCACAUGAAAUUUCCUGCCAGAUGACCAUCAGAUGUGCUAGUAGUCACUGCUUGGUCUCAGCAGCAACUCUGUCUAAUUUGAAGGAGAAGAAAAGUGGUAACAUGCUCAGUGCUAAGCGUGUGCUGUUAGAAUUCAUACCUGAAUGCAGUAACUAUUAUCAGGCUUUACAGAUUGGCGGUUGCUAUUUGAUGAAGCAUGGCACUAAUGAUUCUUUUUGUGCUGGACGGUCUGGCAUAUCUAACAAUGACAAAAUCAGUUUUAGACCUGAAACACGUUUAUGGAGUGUGGAAUUUUCUUUUGAUGAAGAUCUCACCCAUGAUGGAUCUGUGGAUGUAUAUCCUCUGGUUUCGUCUCAACCAUCUCUUGUGGAAAAACAACAUGUUUCUAGUCCACAACCUUGUUCAGAUGUUUCGCUUCUUCUCCCUUAUGAUGCAAAAGGACUCUUUUCAGUAUUUCUCAAGAACUUGGAAGAACUUAAUAAGCCAUAUGCAGCUGGAAAGAAUAAUAAUAAUACUUCGUGCUGUACUCACUUGGAGACGAUAAUGCAGGCAGAGCCGUCUCUGGUACCUCCUUCCAACAGCUUGUUUCCUGAAGGAAAUCUGGCGUCUUUCAGAGGCGACGUAGUAGCAGUUGACGCUGUUACCUCUUCUGUCGUUGAUGUUUCAAGCAGCUAUUGCAUUAAUGUUCUUGUCAAUCAUCAAAUUGUGAAGAUAUUUGGUCCACUUCGAAGGCAUUCAUAUCUCACUGGAUUCGGCCCUGGGGCGAGUGCAACAUUCUACCGGAUUCUUGGAACAGGAGAGGAAAACAGGUUUGUGUUGACGUCAGCAUCAUUUAUCAAGAUAAACUCUCGAAAGGCAUCGGAUGGUCGGCAGUUAGAGAAACCGGCUCACCAAGCUGCUUUGUGUCUUCCCAAAGUCACACCUCAGGAAUACGUACCUUGCAUGCUUGCUGGUCCUCCUGCUUGUAAUUCAUUCUCAGGAAACAAGGAUAAUCAGCAAAUAAAGUCUGCCUGCAAGGUUCUUUCAGUUUAUCUUCUGGUUCUCCAAACGAGAUCUGAUGAUCCCUCAGAAAACGAAUGUAGGAACAAUUUUGAUAUACCACUUGCAGGAUUUGUAGUAGAUGACGGAUCAUCAGUUUAUCUUUGCUGGACGAGUGGGGAAAGAGCGUUUACAAUUCUUAGGCUGCACGAAGCGUUGCCUGAAGAAGAUAUUGAUGUGGCACAGUGGACUAAAAGAGACAGCGGCCGGGAAACAACAGCAUACCAUCUUGAACAAAUUGUUCGGGUUCACAAGAGAAUAGUGAUGAAGUGCAAUGGAUCACAGAUUGACACACUCUUUCGAGACAUCACCGUUGCUGUUACUUCAGAUCAACUUCUCGCCAAGUCAGAGGAUACGUUCCUCAAGUGGUUGAUCCCAAAUGCCAUUAGCGGCCCCUUAUGGGAAGUUGCCAGGAGCUCAAUGGACAUGAAAAUGAUUGCGCAUUUGGAGAGGGAACAGUGCGUGGAGAUGGAUACAUCAAGACUUAAUCUGCAGAAUGUUUGGGGUAAUGAAGUUAGCCAAGUGGAUCCGUUGGUUCGAGCUUGGAGCUUACUCCAAGGUUUGUUAAAUAGCUGAUCAUGAAGUGUUCAAAACAUUGUGCGGGAAUAGAUAAGUUUUUUUACUAUUGGUGUUUCAUUCAAAUUUCAUAGCCCUUUAGGUAAAAAGAAUCUACAGUAUACUAGUAUUUUACAGCACUUAACUAACCUCUCUAUUGCCCUCCAAUCCGUGUAAGAAGGUGGUCCUUUCCGUUUCACCCCA